AUGACAGGUUUUCCCCUGGCUGCAACUUGUUACAUGUUAGGGCUUGGCACUGAUACAAAUAGUACCUUCACUCCAUACACACUGCUUAGAAUUGUCCCCCACGUCAACUCUCACACACUCCCUGAUAAUCAGUCGCGACAAAUCUUGACCGCAGAAGGGUUCUACAAUUCGACGCUCAUGAUCGACUCAGAUUGUGGGCUCGUCAUAUGUAAGGGCCUACGUGAUUCACCAAAAUGA